CAUGUGACCUGACCAGCCUUUGUCAUCGACCUCUCCGCUAGAAGACACCCGCCCCAGAAAAAGGGCAACUGCGUCAUUACGCCAACCACGUGAAAGAACAGUCCCCAGUGGCAUUUCCGAUAUUUUCAGCAAAUCUGAGGGGCUUCUUCCACGUAGACCUCAUAAAAGGCGCUGCGCACCCGCCCCUACUCUCGACUCAUCGUGCACCGCCUCUCUACACAAUAACAAUGCUCAGAGACUUCACAAUGCAAGUCGCCGCCCUGGUGUCGGUGCUACUGUGCGCCACCUGCCACCUCGCCUUAUCCUUCACCGACGGGCUAUUACCGAACGGGAACUUCGAGGUGGGGCCGAAGCCGUGGGAGAUGAAGGGGACGGUGGUGGUGGGGCGGAGAGCGGUGCCGGAAUGGGAGAUUUCCGGCUACGUGGAGUACAUAAAGUCGGGGCAGAAGCAGGGGGACAUGCUGCUGGUGGUGCCGGAGGGGGCGUUCGCUGUCCGACUGGGGAACGAGGCCUCCAUUAAGCAGCUGGUGAGGGUGAAGAGGGGGAUGUACUACGCCGUCACCUUCAGCGCCGCCCGCACCUGCGCUCAGGAGGAGCGCCUCAACAUCUCCGUCGCGCCCGACACCGGCGUCCUCCCCAUCCAGACCCUCUACAGCAGCAGCGGCUGGGACUCCUACUCCUGGGCCUUCCGCGCCGCGUACGACGUCGUCGAGAUCCUCAUUCAUAACCCCGGCGUCGAGGAGGACCCCGCCUGCGGCCCUCUCCUCGAUUCUGUCGCCAUGAGAGCCCUCUAUCCACCCCGACCGACUAAUCUGAACCUACUGAAAAAUGGGAAUUUUGAAGAAGGUCCAUACGUGUUUCCCAACACCUCAUGGGGAGUCCUUAUCCCUCCCAACAUAGAGGACUUCCACUCCCCCCUUCCCGGCUGGAUGGUGGAAUCCCUCAAGGCCGUCAAGUACAUUGACUCUGCUCACUUUGCUGUUCCCGAAGGAAAACGAGCAGUGGAGCUCGUCGCCGGAAAGGAGAGUGCCAUCGCCCAAGUUGCUCGAACGAUCCCUGGAAAGGUUUACGUCCUCUCUUUCUCUGUUGGCGAUGCUAGCAACUCCUGCAAAGGCUCCAUGGUCGUUGAGGCUUUUGCUGGCAAGGGCACCAUAAAGGUGCCCUACGAAUCGCAAGGCAAAGGCGGCUUCAAGCGCGCUGCCCUGCGGUUUGUGGCUCUUUCAACUCGAACUCGGGUGGUGUUCUUUAGCACGUUCUACACGAUGAGAAGUGACGACUUCUCCUCGCUUUGUGGCCCGGUUCUUGAUGAUGUGAAGUUGUUGAGCCUGCGCAAACCCUAGCUUGAUGGUGGCUGUGAUGAGACCGGCCAUGCCAUUGUUAGUGCUUGCAAAAUAGAUGUUUCUUCAAAUGCUAAGAAUAUUGUUUAUUUCUUAUUUUUGCUUUUAAGGGAAGCAGUAUUGGGUUUUAGUUUGAUAUGAGCAUUAGUCUAAAAUAUAAAUAAAAAAUAUGUAUACUAAUAUAUGGUCAUCAAGAGAAUAUGUGGUAGCGUGAUUUAUUAAAGUCGUCAUGUAUUUUAGCAAAA